AUGACCGACAUGAACCAGCUCCCCAUCAAUGGCAACUACCCCGGCCAGCACGGCUACCCUGAUUCCUACAAUACUUCUUCCGUCACUAUGAACACUGCUGCCAGCUUCCAGCCUGCGCAGUCCUCUACUCCGACUACCGUCACUCCCACCGACCAGAAGAAUGACAUCUCUAAGGAUGAGGUGGGCUGGUACUUUGUUGAGCAGUACUACACCACCAUGAGCCGCAACCCCGACAAGCUCCACCUGUUCUACUCCCGUCGCUCCCAGCUGGUCGUCGGAACCGAGGCCGAGCCCGUUCCUGUCAUCAUCGGCACCAAGUCUAUCAGUGACAAGAUCAAGGAAUUGAAGUUCCAGGAGUGCAAGGUGCGCGUCUUGAACGUUGACUCCCAGGCUUCUUUCGACAACAUUCUGGUCUCUGUGAUUGGUGAGAUCUCCAACAACUCCGAGCCUUCCCGCAAGUUCGUGCAGACCUUCGUCCUUGCCGAGCAGCCCAAUGGCUACUACGUGCUCAACGAUAUCUUCCGUUACCUCGUUGAGGAAACCGAGGAGGAGCCCACUCCUGCUGUGGAGGCCACUGAGGCCCCGGAGGCUGAGGCCGAGGUUCCUGCCGUCUCCACCGACGAGGCCCAGGUCUCUGACGAGGCCGCUGUGUCCAAGGUUGAUGAGAAGCUCGAGGACGUCGAGGCCAAUGGAGAGGUCGAGGAGCCCAAGGAAGUUGCCCCUCAGGCCAACGGCACCCCCGCCGAGGAGGAGACUCCCGCUGUCGCCCCCGCCGUUGAGGCUGAGAUUCAGGUCGAGGAGCCCCUCGCCCCUGAGCCCACUCCCGCCCCCGAGAAGGAGGAGCAGAUUCCCGAGAAGGAGACUGCCCCUACUCCUGCUGUUCCCAAGACCUGGGCUAGCAUUGCCAACAACUCCUUUGCUGCCAAGGCGGCUGCCGCCUCCAAGGCCGCCGCUGCCGCUACCCCCGCUGCUGCUCCCACUACUACCAAGGCAGCCGCCCCCGCUAGCCAAGCUUCUCCCGUUGUCUCCGCUGCUCAGCCCGCUGCCGCUGCCACCCCUGAGGCCCGCCCCCAGGAGCCCUCCACCGAUGCCGGAUGGCAGACCGCUGGCCACGACCACAAGAAGUCGCAGCCCCGUGCUGGCGAGGAGACCGUCCUCGCCUACAUCAAGAAUGUCAACGACAAGGUUGACGCCAGCCUGCUGAAGCAAGUUCUUUCUCGCUUCGGUAAGCUUAAGUACUUUGAUGUUAGCCGUCCUAAGAACUGUGCCUUUGUUGAAUUUAACGAGCCCGCUGGCUACGCUGCCGCCGUCGCCGCCAACCCCCACCAAAUUGGCAGCGAGCAAAUCCUCGUCGAAGAGCGCCGCCCCCGUGGUAACGCCUACGGCAGCAACGGCUUCCCCGCCGGUCGUGGCGGUGGUGCCGGCCGUGGUCGUGGUGACCGUGCUGGCAGCCAGGGCCGCGGUGGAUUCCAGCGUGAGGGCCGUGGUGGCUUUGCUCCCCGUGGCCGUGGUGGCAACGUUGCUGCCAAGGGCCGCAGCAGCCAGGCUCAGGCUGCUUAG